GUUUAUCUUGAUCCAGUAAGCUUAUGUUAUGUUCAUGGUAGAUGAUAGUACAUAUGGGUUUGCUGGAAUAAUAAGCUUUAGAAGUUCCUUCUUAGGCAAACAAUGGAUACUAUAUUUACAGGUAGUCAUCACAACAUUUUUUUUCCCCUUGCAGGACACUAAUUUUUUCUCCUUGCUGCUUUAUUCAUAAAAUAAAAUUAGCUUAAGAUUCAAAGAAUCCAUCUGAUUCCUUUCCAUGAGGUGUGAUCAUCAAGAAGUCCAAUAGUGAUUGAUGUUCUGUGAGAACUUUUCUAUGGGUACAAUGUGAGUAUCAAAUCUUGACCAGUGAAAGCUUUAAUCAAGCUUUUGUUUUCUUUUCCCGAAAGAACAAUAAUCAACAGAAUUGCUUUAUGCUUUUAAGAAGUAAAAUUGGUUUCUUCCAUGUUUUUCCAACUCAUUUCAUGCAAUUCUAUUGGAAAUUGAGCAACACUAUGAAGGCCUUUAAUAUUGUAUCUCCACAAUAAGAACUUAGUCAUUUAAACCCUUCUGUCACCAACAUAUGAUGCACACAGUAUAGAUAGUAACUUUAGACAUUUUAGAUUUGAUGUAUCCCUCGAUUUAGACAGUGGCUAGAUUGCUGUCCAGUUGAGCAAUCCAAAGGGAUAUGAGAAAUGUUUCCAAAAUCUUCAUUAUGUGGAGCAGUAUGAAGAUCACAUAAUUGCUCAUGUGAUCCAAUCCAAUCCAAGUAUGAGAAAACCAAGGUGCAUAUAAAUUUCACAAAUCCUUGCCAUCUCAUCUUUUCCUUUAUUAUUUUGAGGAGUUAAAGAUGGAUUAUACCUCUGGCCUUGUCCAAUGAGAAGUGGUAUGUCAGCAGCAGUCAGAACUGUGGAAACUGUCCUGUACUUGUCUGGUUUCAGCAAUGUCAAAUCGAAGAUCAUUGGCUCAAGGAACCCCCUUAUCUUAUUCAAGGCUCUCUUCAAAGCACUGAAUGCUAUCAAGACCCCCAAGGAUGUUCAGGAGAAGUUUGGAGGAACUGUUGUGGAGAUACCUGCUGUAGACCUACUGCAGCUAGGUGUUCAGUGAAGGAUUAUACUGGCAAGGGUCUUCAUCAUCUGAUGUUGUAGUUUUCUAUCACAUGCAAUAGAAAAACCAUCUUUAGGCCAAUCUAAUAGCUCUGAUAAAUUUUUGGCCUGCUAAAUUUAUUUAUUUAAACCAUUCUUAUGAAUACCUUGAUGAGUUGCGGAAGUUGUGAUGGAGAGAAUAUGAAACUAUCUGAUCUGAAUGACAAGGUUAUGAAUCUGCCAGUCAUUUACUGAUCAACUAUUGAGUUCAUCUGACCAAAUCUUCCAGCUGAUUGGAGUAGGGUGAUUCAUCAUAAGCUUGUCUUGGCUUUCAGUGGCAAAUUAUGUUGCCAAUUAGUGAUAUUUCAUUGAUUUAGCUUGGUUCAAUGAUGGCUGAACCAGCACCAAGUGCUCAUAGAGAAACAAGAACUUUAGCAACUUAUCAU